GAAACUAGUUAGAUUCCUGAGCUCGAAAUACGCAUGCCUGGAGAGAGGCAUUCUGGGAUAUAAUUCCAGAGGAAAACAAAAUCAGAUGGUGUGGAUGUGCAUGUUAUGAAUCGUCUCAGUAUGAUGGAACAUGUACAUCUCGCAGGUGAAGAUGAGGAUGAUAUGUACUCAGGCUUCAAUGACUAUAAUGCCACAUUAGACACAGAGGAUCUUGCACAUGAUGAGAAUUUCCAGAAGGCUGUGUUGAGAACAAGCCAUGGCAGGAGGCCGCCACCUACUGCAAAGAUGCCACCUGGAACAUCCGCCCGUCUUGGGACGGCAGCACGAGGUAGGCUAGGCAUGCCAUCUUCCAUGGGUCGACCAAUCACUGGUGCCAUACAGGCUGAUGGACAGGCUCGACCAAUGACAGCAGUGCGGGCAGCAGGAUUUACGUCGUCUGGCAACAGAGGUGUUGGAUUUGACCCCAUGAAUCAAGCAGGACGUGGACCAGCUCCCCCCCUGGAACCAAAGCCUGAGGACAGUCCUGAGGAGAAGAUUCGGCAGCUGGAGAAGAAGGUCAAUGAACUGAUAGAGGAGAGUUGCUUCGGGAAUAGUCAAGGCGAACUGGGGCUGGCGUUGGAGAAAGCAAAAGAAGCUGGCAGGAAGGAACGUGUUCUCGUCCGACAGAGAGAGCAGCUUUCCAUGGGAGACCAAAUCAACCUUGACCUUACAUAUUCGGUGUUGUUCAAUCUUGCUAACCAGUACGCAGCCAAUGAGAUGUUUGCCGAGGCUCUCAAUACCUACCAGGUCAUUGUCAAAAACAGGAUGUUCAGCAAUGCUGGUCGGCUUAAGGUCAACAUGGGGAAUAUAUACUUCCGUCAGAAGAACUACCCAAAGGCCAUCAAGUUUUAUCGCAUGGCCCUUGACCAGGUGCCCAACACACACAAGGAGAUGAGGACCAACAUUAUGCAGAACAUUGGUAUUGUGUUUGUAAAGAUGGGGCAGUACAAUGAUGCCAUCACAUCGUUCGAACACAUCAUGUCCGAGUCCCCCACUUUCAAGACUGGCUUUAAUCUAAUUCUGUGCUACUUCGCACUCGGGGAUCGUGACAAGAUGAGACGGGCAUUUCAGAAACUCCUCACAGUGGAUCUGAAGAUAGAUGAUGAAGAUAAAUACCUACCUCAUGGGGAUGAAAAGCAGUACAACCUGGUGCUGGAGGUGAUCAAGAAUGACGCUCUCCGGCAGAUAGAGAGAGAAAAGAAGUAUGAAGCUGAACGGUGCAUCAAGACUGCAGCCAAGAUCAUCUCUCCGGCUAUAGAGGCCACCUUCUCUAUUGGAUAUGACUGGUGUAUUGAACAAGUGAAGAACUCACAGUACAUUGACCUUUCUCAUGAUCUGGAGAUUGACAAGGCUAUCAUGUUCCUCAAACAGAAGGACUUUCAGCAGGCUAUUGAGACUCUAAAGUCAUUUGAGAAGAAGGACUCAAAGGUUGCAAGUACAGCUGCUACCAAUUUGUCCUUCUUGUACUUCCUGCACAAGGAGGAGACAGAUCUGGCCCAAGCGGAUAAGUAUGCCGAGGUUGCCAUGACAGCAGACAGAUACAACCCUGCAGCCCUGGUAAACAAGGGGAAUGUGCUGUUUGCCAAGCGAGACUACGAGAAGGCAAGAGAAUUCUACAAGGAGGCCUUGUCCAACGAUUCAUCAUGUGUUGAGGCCCUGUAUAAUCUGGGUCUGAGUAACAAGCGUCUGGGUCGACUAGAGGACGCCCUGGACUGCUUCUACAAGCUGCACGCCAUCCUGCGCAACAGUCCGCAGGUCAUGUACCAGAUUGCCGACAUACAUGACCAGCUUGAUGACUCAGCUCAGGCUACUGAAUGGUUCAUGCAGUUGCUUGGGGUGACGCCUUCCGACUCCAGCAUCCUCGCCAGGAUGGGGGAACUGUAUGACAAUGAGGGGGACAAGUCACAGGCUUUCCAGUACUACUAUGAUUCCUACCGCCACGACCCGUCAAACAUCCCGGUCAUCGAGUGGCUUGGGGCCUACUACAUUGACUCCCAGUUCUGUGAGAAGGCUAUACAUUACUUCGAGAGAGCAGCUAUUGUACAGCCGAACCAGGUCAAGUGGCAGCUGAUGAUUGCAAGCUGUCACCGACGAAGUGGAAACUAUCAGCAAGCCUUGGAGACAUACAAACAAAUACAUCGCAAGUUCCCAGAUAAUGUGGAAUGCCUCAAGUUCCUGGUGCGGCUGUGUACAGACAUGGGGCUGAAGGAAGCUCAGGACUACGCCACCAAGUUGAAGAAGGCCGAGAAGGCCAAGGAGCUGCGAGAUCAGCGAGCUACAAGCGGUACACGGAGAGGCAGUGGUCGUGGACGACGAGAAGGUAGUGCAGGGAGUGAUCGUGAAGGUAGUGGUAGUGGUCAUCGCAAGGAAAAGGGCCGACAGCGUGGGGACAGAAAACGUCCAACAUUUGAUGAGGAAGAAGAAAAUCCUUACCAGUCUGGUCAGAAACAAGAUAUAGAUGCUACAUAUAGCGACCCCCUGGGCCCCCAGAUGGAGCGGCCGAAGACUGCUGCCCGGCGCAAGGAUGCGAUGGAAGAUGAGUUUGGUGAUGAAGAACUGGGAGAUGACAUGUUGCCAGACUAGACUCAGGCUACCCACACUUGCACCUGUUACAGGAGAAAGCUGUCACUUUCAUACCACUCUGAUUUGGAAGAAUUGUGGAUAUUAUCUUGCUUGUAAAGAUCUACACAUUUAUAGAUAUGACUGUGUUUAUGAAUGCAUUGACAUUUGUGUAACGAAAGAUUAACCUAAAAUAAUAUCAGUUACAAGUAAGCAUUUGAUAUUGUUUUGAAGAUGCUCUCUCAGGUUCUUAGCAGCUGAAGCUUGCUGAUGCAUUGAUCACUUCUUAUUGUCUCACUGUUAUCCCCAAGCUUCAAACGCAUACACAAUAACAUAAACAUUAAGACAUAGUCUAGGUUGAGUCGCCUUUCCAUGUCAGGAAAAUGCUGUGUUUAAAAACUACGGCCUCUUAGCCAGUGUAUGGAAUAAGGCCCGUCCGACCGCCUGAAGUUACCAGCCCUGAUGUCUGGCUGGGGUUUUGGCUUACUUCAUACUCUGCUCUUAGCACACGUUUUCAAACAUGAACACACAAUGCACAAGCUGCUCAUUUUAUGGGUGAUAUUUUGUAUCAGAGUGCCAGAUUUCUCCUUGAACACUUCCGUCCAUUGUUGUAGAUGAAGCAGACAUUGUUUAGAAUCUGUGUUUACAUUCCUGUGAUACUGUGAUACAUCUAUGUACAUGCUUAUUGAGAAAUAAAUAUGUAUGCCACUAUCAA